AUGGCAGUCGGAGGUUGGGAAAACGCGAUUAGCAGAGCUGCAGACCGCGGUCUCCAGACCCUGCGGGUCAAUUGGCAUCUAGGCUUCACUGCCUUUGGUGGACCGCCAGUGCACUUCAAAAUAUUCCACGACAAAUUUGUCAAGAAGCUGGGUUGGAUCGAUGAGCAGAUUUACCAGGAGCUGUUCAGUGUCUCUCAAGCGCUUUCCGGCCCUGCAAGCACGAAGAUGCUGUACUGUAUUAACUUGAUUCAUGGAGGAACCCUGCAAGCUGUCUUGGCCUUUUUCAUCUGGAGUUUGCCUGGUUGCCUGGGUAUGUUUGGCCUUUCAGUCGGUGUAUCCAAUAUUGGGGACGCUCUACCCCGUGCAGUAUACGCCCUUUUGUCAGGCCUGAACGCCGCUACGGUUGGUAUCAUUGCGCUAGCAGCCGUCGAGCUCUCAGAAAAAGCCAUUACAGAUCCAACCACGCGACUUCUUGUCUUUUUCACGGGUGCAGCUGGUAUUCUGUACAAUGCCCUGUGGUACUUUCCGGUGCUCAUGGUUGCAGCAGGCUGCUGCGCUAUCAUUUUCGACUACCGCUGGCUUCACCGUCCCGUUCGAGCUGUCAGAAAUGCCCUUGACAGGGUCAGGAGAGGGAGAACGACAGAGGACGGAAAUGCUCAGACUGCUGAAAAUGGAACUGGCGCGGAUGUCAGUGAUUCGGGCAUUGCGUUCCGAGAGCAGGACACUUCUGAGACAAGAGAUGACGAGCCAAGAAUCGUCCCUCAGGAGUAUCGCCUCAACUUCUCAUGGAGAUCUGGUACCGCUAUUAUUGCUACGUUUCUCGCCAGCUUCGUCAUUGUCGUUGCAUUGCGAGGAAGUCUGAGCGAUGCGCCACUGCUAUACAAGCUCUUCGCAAACUUGUAUCUUGCCGGUACAAUUAUCUUCGGCGGAGGUCCAGUGGUCAUCCCCUUGUUGCGAGAAUUCAUCGUCGCCGAGGGCUGGGUAACACCGCGUGACUUUCUAAUCGGCCUCGCCAUCGCCCAAGCCUUCCCGGGACCAAAUUUCAAUUUCGCUGUCUUUCUGGGAGGUCUUACCGCCGCUCAUGGCGGAUAUCCAGCCAUUGCCGGAGCACUCAUUGCGUAUCUUGGCAUCUUCGUCCCCGGCAUGGUUCUGGUGCACGGGACUAUGGGCGUUUGGGGCGUGUUGAGAGGCCGACGCUGGGUCAAAUCUGCGGUGCGAGGCGUUAAUGCUGGUGCUGUGGGAUUGAUCUACACGGCUGUUUAUAGGAUCUGGCAGGUUGGCUACAUUGAUGAAGGGUUUCAGUCAGGGAAGAGUUUGGCUGAUGAUCCUUGGUGGGUUGUUGUCACUGCCACGACCUUUGUGGGAGGUCGUUACUUUGGUCUGGCAGCGCCUUGGGCGAUUCUGCUUGGUGCAUCUAUGGGUUUGCUGAGGUAUGCCAUUGUGACGGCUUGA